CAUUUCUGAAUCAGAGUGAACUAAAGGAAAAAUUUGUAGAAACGUUCAAAGGCGCUGUCCGCAAAUUCGUGUAAUUUCUUACAUUUAUAGUAACGAAGUUUAAUAAAAUCGUAAAACUAGUUGCUUGAUGUAUUUUCCUAAACAUAUUUGGUGAAAUUUGUUAAAUUUUUCCAUAAUAUCGCCUCUAAAAGAGAAUUGAAAAAGUUAAAAAUUGUGCUAACACGGAGAAAAAUGCGAAGAAAUUUUAACGGGAAGAAAAAGGUGUCCAGAGUUGCUCGGUCUACUUCGCAGCAUUGUUGCUGUCGUUAACGACGUCGGUAGCAGAGGUUGUGUCUCUUUCGAUUUUCUCGAGAGUGCAAAGGAUUUUGUGAAAAUAUAAAAUAUUGAAAUUUAUAAAAUUAUUAGACGUUUGGUAAAAUAAUAUAAUCGCUUAGCUGCGUUAAGACCAAAUAAAAAAAUUGUAUUAAAACAUACAGCCAUAAAGGUGUGGAAUCAAAAACUUUCGGUUUAUAUCAAAAAUGAAUUAAAGUCGCCAGCAGCGCCGUUUCAACGUUUCGCUCGGGCGUUUUGACAUUUGAUGACAUUUGCGCAGCAAAAGCGAGCGGUUGAGUAUUUGCUUAAAGUGUGUAGUGGUUGAAGUGAAGCGCCCAACGAGGAAUCGGCAAAAAGGAGAAAAUCAAUCGUUUUCAUUGGCAAACAGAGAUGUACUGUCGUAAUGGUUUCCCUUGUCCUAUUUAGCUGAGAAGUAUACCGAUAUCUUACGCUGUUCCGAUAUUAUAAUGCGUACAAUGUCGGCAAUAAAGUUGUAUUGACAUUGUGAGUAAAGAAUUAGAAAAUCUCCAAAAAGGACACACGGACGGUUCAAGUCUUAUACUACCAAGUAAACGUGUGUCCGAGCAGGUACCGAAUUGGCAAACAAUUCUAUAUAUAACAAACAAAAAACCCUUUACUUAACCAAUACAAUAAUAAUUUAGUAUAAAGCUUCAAUAGAACUGCAUUCAAUGUGCCAUUUCAUCCGGAGUUAAGGUUCGCACUAUUCCCCACAUUUAAUAUAUAUUAAUAUAUUUAACAUAGAUGCUUAAGUAAAGUAUUAUAUACCAAAAAAAAGAGAAGAAAAAGAUACGCAACAAAAGAAUUCCCUCCACUUACUCGCGUCAAACAACAAAACUAUUACAAACGCAGUUAUUUAAAUAAUUGCAUUCGCACCACUUUAAGAUAAUCUCUGUCUCGCUUACCAUACUUAUUCAUAACUAAAGCUUACAGUUUUUGCAUAAAGAAUCAAAGUCGGUUAAAAAUUACUCUCCAGAACUCGAAUUUAUAAGUUUUAUAAAAUUUGAGAACGUUAAAUACAAAAGUCAACGAAUGAUAGUUCAACUAAAGGAAUUGGUGGUGAUUAUUGGAUAGCUAUAUGCUUGCUUGCAAAGCCACGACAUUAACAACAUAAAGCAAGUAAAAGCAGCAGUAGAACAUAAGCAGGACGAAUAACUGGCAAUAAAUACAAGGCAAGAAAAUGUCAUCGGGAACAUUUGUUGAUCGAAUUGAUCCAUUCGCUAAACGCUCACUGAAGAAGAAAAGCAAAAAAAGUCAGGGUUCCUCACGUUAUAGAAAUUCUCAGGAUGUGGAGCUUCAACAAUUGCCGCCGUUAAAAGCUGAUUGCUCGAGUUUGGAACAGGAAGAAUUAUUCAUUCGUAAAUUACGUCAGUGCUGUGUAUCUUUUGAUUUUAUGGAUCCAGUAACGGAUUUAAAAGGGAAAGAAAUAAAGAGAGCUGCUUUAAAUGACCUCUCCAAUUAUAUAACACAUGGCAGGGGAGUACUCACGGAACCUGUGUAUCCAGAAAUUAUACGAAUGAUUUCUUGUAACUUGUUCCGCACACUGCCUCCAAGUGAAAACCCUGAUUUUGAUCCCGAAGAAGAUGAUCCGACAUUAGAAGCUUCAUGGCCACAUUUGCAGUUAGUCUAUGAAGUAUUCCUGCGUUUUUUGGAAUCGCAGGACUUUCAAGCGACCAUAGGCAAACGUGUAAUUGACCAGAAAUUCGUUUUGCAGCUUUUGGAGCUCUUUGAUUCUGAGGAUCCACGUGAACGUGAUUUUUUGAAAACUGUUUUACAUCGCAUCUAUGGAAAAUUCUUAGGAUUACGCGCUUUUAUACGAAAACAAAUUAAUAAUAUUUUUUUGCGUUUUAUUUACGAAACAGAGCAUUUUAAUGGCGUCGGCGAAUUACUAGAAAUAUUGGGCAGUAUCAUUAAUGGUUUUGCCUUGCCUCUGAAGGCCGAACAUAAGCAGUUUCUUGUGAAGGUGCUAUUGCCUCUGCACAAAGUGAAAUGCCUUGGUUUGUAUCACGCUCAACUGGCUUAUUGCAUCGUUCAGUUUCUAGAAAAGGAUCCAUACCUGACUGAACCGGUGGUUCGAGGAUUAUUAAAAUUUUGGCCAAAAACAUGCUCACAAAAAGAGGUCAUGUUUUUGGGCGAAAUCGAGGAAAUUUUAGAUGUCAUUGAUCCUCCACAAUUUGUGAAAAUACAGGAACCAUUGUUCCGUCAGAUCGCCAAAUGUGUAUCAAGUCCGCAUUUUCAAGUUGCCGAGCGUGCGCUUUUCCUAUGGAAUAAUGAAUAUGCAAUGUCGUUGAUCGAGGAGAACAACGCCGUCAUUAUGCCGAUUAUGUUUCCGGCACUGUACAGAAUUAGUAAAGAACAUUGGAAUCAGACCAUCGUUGCAUUGGUUUACAACGUGCUAAAGACAUUUAUGGAAAUGAACUCCAAGCUUUUUGAUGAAUUAACCGCUAGCUAUAAAGCUGAACGACAAAAAGAGAAGAAACGCGAGCGUGAUCGUGAAGAAUUGUGGAAAAAAUUACAUGAACUUGAAAUAAAUCGUGCAAAAAGCGGCAGUGCCGCUGGCACCUCAACGGCUAAUUCGGUGUUAGGAGCUGGUAUUAGUGGCGGCAGUGCCGCCGGCUCACAGCAAAAUAUCAACUCUUAUCAACAACAAUCGAAUGCUAGCAUUGUAAACAGUGGAAGCGGUGGUGGCUCUGGUGACAACAAUCCUGCCUUACUUAGCGGCGGUGCACAAAGCGGCGGAACCUCAGUAAACGCCAGCGGUACGAACGCGUUUGCCAAGGUAAAAGGCGACAAGGCAGAUAACUAAAUUAUGAGGCGAUCACUGAAAUGGAUAUCAAAUAAAACACAAGUAAUGCUAAUCAACUUAAUAAUAUAAUUUAGCGCAGUUCAAACAUGAUUGGAAAUUUUGGUGUUGUAAGUCAAAAAGGAGCUUGGCAUUUUUUGUGCAUCUAUAACUUAGUGUAAGCCACAAAAAAGGAGAAUAUUAUUAAGUAAACUUGAAGUCCCUAUCGAAAAAAUAUAAAGAAAAAAUACAAAAGUAUAACAAAAGCACUACACCAACAUGAUCAAAUGAAAGCGUUUUCACCAUCAUGAUGUCACCGGCAUCAUUACAAUAAGAUGUAGAAGUAGAAGCUAAAUGUUGAUAAUAGACGCAGAUGCCGGGAGUUAAUAAUGUACGCCACAAUGUGGAUGAAAAGCAGUACACUUACAACUGGGAUCGUGGUAUUACAUAAACAAAAGGAAAGCGUAUGAAAAGCAUAAUUAAUAUUAUAUUAUGAAUAUAAAAAUACCUAUUAUUUUACGAUAAAAAAGAAGUACUAAAUAAAAUAAUUAAUACAAGUAUAUGAGGAGGAUGAAAAUGCUAAUAAAAUAGUGAAGAAAUGCUAGAAACUGUAAUCUAACUGUAAAACAGCAAUUCUUUCUCCUAAAUAAUACCAAUUCUAUAGAAUUAACGAAAACACUUCGUCCUGUUCAUUAUAAUUCUACUAUCUGGCUAGUUGGACGAAAAUGCCACUUGAGCGAAUUGCAUUUUAUAUGCUUUUUCACAACCAAUAUUUCGUUCGAACUAAUCCAUUUCUGUAGGUUUCAAAAGUAAAAAUAAAACUUAAAUAUUCUUUAUAUGUAGGAUGAGUAGUAAUAA